UUGUGUGAAUCCGAGAGGAUUUGAAUCACUGACGGAGCUGCAUUUCAGGCCAGCUCCUGCCAGCUGAACACUAACGGAAUCUAAACUAUGUCCCGCAAUAUUUGAGGAUCUCACAUCCCACUUAUUUUUAGACUUUGCAGAUCAGUGCGUAUUCCGAGAUUUUCUUUCCUUGACGGUAUGCUCCAUGUUCCAGAAGGUUCUUGCUGUUCGCUGUGUCUCUCCGAUUCGGGGAAAGUGGAGCCGGGUCCGGAUCCUCAGAAACCCGUGAAACGUGGCCCUGAAUGAAAUGACCAGUUCGGGCAGCAAAGAGGUUUGGGGGGAGCAGGGGCCUGGAGAAUCUACGGAGCCCCGGGCAGAGAGGUUCCGGGGGCAGGAGAGCGGGGCCAGCGAGAGUCUCCGCUUCUAUUACACGGAUCUGCACGAACCAGUGGAGCUGUUCCAGGCAGACUUGGCCGCCCAGGAGCAGCCGGGACCCGGUUACAGCUCAGGGCUGGUCCGAGAGACAGCAGCUGACGGCAGCUCGGUGCAGCUCCCCACAAUAUUUGAUCCGUUUCAGCAGGUUGUGGAUUCAGAGAGCGCCUGCAGUCCGUGCAGUAAUUCAGCCCUCAGCCCCAGCUCAGAUCGAGAGCUCGAUUCUGCGUACAGGAUUCCACUGGAUCACAGUGAUGCCGGGCCAUUGGCCGGGGACAUGUCCUGGAAAUGGGAGGAAGAUCCGUACAGCAGGGAGCUUCCUGACGGCUCUGUUCCCGAUGUUUUUUGCCAAUCCUGCAAGAUCCCAAUUCCUGCUUUUGAAAAGCUGUUUGGAUCGCACAGGCACCACCGAGUGGCUCCUCUCUCGUGGGCUGCUGAUGCUGCGAAGAUGGAAUGUCAGGACAACAUCAUAAAACUAGAGCAGCAACUGGUUCAGAUGGAGACAUUUGUCAGUCACAUGGGAGAAAUCUUUGUCACUGUGGAAGAGAACAUAGGUAAACAGCAGCAUUACUUGGAACUGCAAUAUGAUGACUUAAUGCAGUUUCUAGUGCAACGCUAUGAAGACAGGUGCCAGGAUCUGGAGGACGAGAAGAAACUGAAACUAGAGAAAUUAUAUGGGGAGCUGGUGAGCUGUGGGCAGAACAUUGACUUGUACAAAGAACUGAUUGAAUCCACUGAGGAACUCUUCAAGACAGAAGACAAACAACUCUUCCUGAAGGAUGGACAAGCAGCACUGGCCAGGCUGGAGGAGUUUCUCCGAGGGGACCCUCACCCGGACUUACCGACAACAACUGAAUUCGAGAAAUUCCCAACUGAUAUGCCCGAGGUUCAGAGACUAAUAGAGACAAUCAGUAGUCUCCCAGUUCCAUCAGCCCCUUCGCUGUGCGAACAAGCCCCUGGUAGAGGAAGCAGCGACUCAGUGAGAGUGAGCUGGAGCCUUUCAGCUGAUGACACCGUGGAGUUUUAUGAGCUUCAUUACCAAGAGCUUCCGGGGCAGAGGAGCCCCAGCCAGGAUGGGGUGGCAGACAUGUCCCUGAGAGUGAAGGAGAUGUACCACACAGUGAGGAAUCUCAAGCCCAACACUGUGUAUGAGUUCUGGGUCACAGCCUCUAACUCAGCAGGAACAAGCCCUGAGAGUGACCGGCUGAAGUACACCACAGUUCCUUUAGCUCCGAUCAUCAAGAGCAGACCAGUAGCAAGUUGUCAGAAUGCAGCUCUUAUUGAGUGGAAAUCUGAGAGCAGGAAUCCUGCAGAUUCCUACACAGUGGAAUUCUGCAAAGUCUGCAGCGGCUGUGACUGGAGAGAACCCCUCACAGAGUCGCUGACUGGGAUAACUUCAUGUGAAACAGUAGUUGAUCUGGAGCCCAGUGAGAAUUAUCUGUUUUAUGUCCGAACACUGAACGAAGGUGGGUGCAGUGAGAGGAGCUCACCCAUUAGCAUUCGAACCACAGGGACCCAGUUCUAUCUGAUGGAGCAGACAGCUCAUCUGGCCCUCUCGUUGCUGGAAGAUGGAGUGACAAUUGUUUACAAUGAGGACAAUGUCUGCGUAGAUUCCCCAAACUAUGAACAGCGGUUUACAAGUUGUGCUGCUGUCCUGGGGCAGUUAGUACCUGUCCGAGGAAAACAUUACUGGGAGGUUGAAGUGUCUGACCACACAGAAUACAGGAUUGGUGUUGCCUCCCACAGCAUCCCCCGGGACAGCUAUAUUGGUUCGAAUAUCACAUCGUGGUGCAUGAGACAUACUCGCUCACCAUCCAGAAGUAAAUUUGAAUUCCUUCACAACGGGAUCACCCCAGACUUGAGGAUCAGCGUAACCCCAAAACAAAUCGGCAUUCUCCUGGACUACGACAAGGGCAAACUUUCCUUCUUCAAUGUUACCAUCGCUCAACACCUCUUCACGUUCUCACAUCCGUUUCAGCAACUGGUCAAUCCUUGCUUCGCUUUGGAAAGACCAGGCAGUUUAAAAAUCUGUCAUGGGGUUCCUAUCCCCGACUUUACCAGAUUACCAUGAAUUUCUUUGUCAGUUUAAACUUCAGCGAAUGUUGAGUGGAUUUAGGCUUUAGCUCAAACGGAAAACACCAAUGAAAUACGCAUCGCUUCUCAUCAGUAGCUACCAGAGAUGGUGCCAACGUGGAAGGGGCUGCCCCUUAACACUGCCACAUUUCAGCACAAGAGGGAGCCAGUGAGCAGUGACCUC